UCCGAGGCCGAACUCGGCAGCACAGGGCGGGAAGGUUGCCGUCGCGAAACCCGGCGCCUCGGCCGCUCCGACCGACCAUUUUGAAUUCGAGUUUGUAUGAUCCCACGAAAUCUCGUGCCAGCGUUCGCGGGAUCGUCGUGCGGACUACGAGUCCGUGACGCCGACCGAGGCGCACCGACGACGAUCGACGAUCGACGAUCGGACCAUCGAUCUCCUCGCGGAAUUACGAGCGCGGCGCUGUGUUCCGGAUGCGCGAGGAAUUGGCCUUCGCCAUUCGAGCAUUCGACGCGGGCGCGCAGAAAUUCUGCUCGUCGCCGUGCGCUGACGAGCGUCGCGGUGCUUUGGGAGGACAAUGUCUCGAUUUGAGGGAAUGAUUUUACACAAGUUUUGCAACUGGGAGGAGAUUCAACGGGGUGCAGGUGAUCUUCUUCCUCGAGAAGAGCAAUCCGAGGGAGCAUGGGGUUUUAGCAGAUGGGUGGUUCUUGUUUCUGCCAGGAGACCGAGGUGAUUGUGUUAUUGGCAUUAGACCGAUGAAUUAUCCGACCGCGCUACAUUCUUACGGUGCGGGCAAAGCGCGUGUCCGAGUCUGAUGGCUGGUCUAUUCAUCCAACGAAAGACCUAAUCUCUCACUUUCCGGAAACGCAAUGUACCAAGGCCUUCUCGGGUCGCAUCAGGCGAAAUCUUUGGGCGCUGCUGCUACGAAUCGGAGGCUAUUGGUUAUUUGGGUGGAUGCUCAAUUCUAGUCGUUGUGAGAGUGGACUGUUCGCGUUCGCACUUGCUUUUUGAGGAGAUUAGUUGACCUGCACGGCGUCGUGUUUCCUGAUAAUCCUUUACAUUUCAGUCUCCCAAACGCGUUGCAGCUUGAAAGCAGAGUAUGGACCACCUCCUGAAAUACGAGUCGCUUCCCUUUAUUUUCAAAGAUUUGGCAUCUGACUUCAACUAUUUGAUCCCGGAAUUGAAUUAGGUCGUAAUCACCAGAUAUACUGACCAUGAUUUUCUAUCAAGUACGGACGGACUUGUCUCCUGGCGACUCUGUGGCUAUCAUGUCAAUGUCCACAUCUUUGCGACGAGCUUGAUGCGGCGAUUUUGAAGCGGCAAUUCUCUUCGGGAGUCAUGUUUACGACACCAAGAGUUUCAGUGGACGUAAUUAUUGAAGGGGAUCCACAGGUUGAAGCCCAGAGAAUCUUCCUUGUAAAGUGACGACUGGAGAACGCUGUGGUGACAAUAAACCUCUCAUCUUUUUGUCUCUGCGUACUCAGCAGCUGAGCAUUCAUGCUCAAGAGCAUGAAAAUGGAAGAGACACUGGUGUUCAGAUGACAGGCAGUAUGAAAGAAAGAGUGUUUUGUUGAAACUUUCAAGUUCAUCUUUUGUUUCAUACCUAUUGUUUCACCAAUUUCCUCAACACUGAGGUCCUAAUCAUCAAGCGCCGUACGCUCGAUGAUCAGGGCUUGUUUACUGCUGGCACCAAAGAUACAGUAGCGUGUAGAAUGACGAGAAUUGGGGUCGCACCUGAUCAAUGUAUGCGUCUAGAUCAAAACUUGAGAGUGUACCAGAGCCGCAGGUUACAAGUGCAAUUUGGAGGGCCUCUCUUGUUUUUCUAUUUGUGGCCUUUCCAAGUCCAAUGCCUCGAGGGUGGUGCAUGCCUGCCUCAGUGCAUGUACGACGGACAAGCAGCCAGACAAAAUAUUUCGAACUCUUGCGCUCUUGUCAAUCGAGCUCCGGCAGUCUUGUCUCGAGUGGUAAUUGCCUGGAGACUAUGUGAACGAAGGAACCAAACUGAACACGGAUAGCUCGCGUCGCACAUCCGAGGACAGUAAGAUGGCGAAAAACUUCAGAGACAUGACACGCGAGAACUUCGAAGAUAGUGGAAACGAGAGAGCAGGCGGUGAUAGCAGUAACAAUCCCCGCUCAACGAGUGGACGCAAUGGGGAAGCCAUAGACAUCAGCUGGCCCACCGGAAGCGGUGCUGCUGCUGCUGCCUCAACUAGUACAACGCAAGCCAGUGGUUACCCGGGCAAUAUGUCCCUCGUUGUUGCUGCCACUCUGGUGCCAGACCAACUCAGUUCUCAAGGACGAUCUGAGGAUAUAUCGAUGCGUGACAACGAUCGUCCCAUUCUCCACACCGAGUUUCGAGUCGAUGGGUGCUUAAAACCUGAUGGUAAGCUGGGGCCUUUAAAAUCACUCAACAUACGCGUCCAUGACGACGAUGGGGAUUCACAACCCAGAAUCCCGGGAAGCCCCCAAAGGUCAAUCCGCGUAAUAAUGUCUGAUGGGAGCCGGACAUCCGAUGCGGGCAGACGGAGUCCCGGCCGGUCACCGGGAAGAGUGAUGAACUCCGAGGACGGGAGAGUCGUCGGCGCGGGGAGACAGCAGCAGUAUGCGUCUCGGAAUGCUCACAUUGUGGUGGAGGAGCCGUUCAACGUUCACCGAUACCAAACUCGAAUGCUCGGGGAUCAGCCGCAGGGCCUGGCAGCGGCGCUGACAGAUCUCAGACCAGAGCUGUUGCCACCUUCGAAGGAACCUCAAGGAUUGGCGACAGUCCUGUUUUUGGACAGUGGGGCAGAAGAUACGUACCCAGAACAGGACACGGCAGAGGGCUCCAAUCACAUCACACCAGAAAGUCGCGAGAAUGAUUCGAGGCCCGUAGUGAUGAGAGAGUCUGCCUCGCAGUAUCAGAUCUCUCCCAUGAGGAGCAUGUCUCGGGAAAUUGCUCUCGAGCCAGCGGAAAUGUAUGCUGAAAGUUUCCACAGAGGCGAGGAAGGAAGGCGGCAUACUGAAAAGAGGAGGGAUACUCAAGCAUUCUCUUCCCAAGAGGUCGAGAGUUCCGCAGGUCGUGAUUCGCCUUCGAGAAAUGGGUCUUGUAAGCCUGAGAAUCUUCAUAUUCUUCAGUCUCUUCCGGAAGAAGUAGUGUCUUCCUUGGUGACUGGCCAUGCAAAAAAAGUCACUGCCUCGGAGGGUUCGGAGAGGGGAGGCAGGAACUCUCCGAGAAAAUCCUCACACAGGCGUGCACCAGAUAUGAGUAAUGAAGGAUCUCAAAGCAGGGACCGUUCCAUGCAUUAUGACGGUGAAGAUCAUCUCCAUAAACGGCAGAGUAGGAACGUACAUGGCACUCCUCGGGAGUCAGGCAGUUCUACUUACACGAGCUACUACACUUCAAGUUCUCGUGCCGAUGGUUCCUUCCGGCCUGAAGGAAGAGCUAGUCAACGAAGCUCUCGGAAGGUGCUCGAAGACGUCAACGAGCAAUCUGAAGCUGGCUACGAUCGUCAAAGCUCAGUGCGACAAUCAAGAAGUCACAGUGGGGACGGUCACGGUACUCCUGGCAGCUCCUAUGGAAGUUACUUCACGAACUCGAAUUCUCGUGCCAGUGGUUCCUUACCUCAAAGAAGCUCUAGAAAGUUGCUCGAAGGCGUAAACGAGGAUCAUGAAGUAAGUUACGAUAAUGAUGUACCACCACCUCCUCCUCAAGAUUCUCAAAUAUCGGAAGACAAGAAGGAUCAGCGUCGCAGAACACAUAAAGCCUCCCAGCGGGAACCUGGCGGCUCUGUGAGUUUUCGAUCUUCGGACUUAUCUGGCGACGAUCGCAGCCGGUUGUACGGUAGCACAUAUCGGACCAAAUCUCAUACAGGAUCAUUCCUCGGACCACCACCUAGCGACCAAACACGUGAUCCGGGUGCUGUGCCAAACAGCAAGCCGCGACCAUCGGAUGACAGAAUGUUGUCCAUAUCAAAGUUGCUGGACAACAUGACUUCUAUAACUCAACUGUUGAGUAAUAUUCCUCAGCAGCAGGUGGGUGGAGGCGAGCCUUGGAAUCAGGGAAUCUCCCAAGGCAUACCAGAUGCUAACAUUAUGAACCGAAAUUUACCGCAAUACAUGUCAAACGAUGGAAACUGGCAGUUUGAUCAAGAAAAUAAGCGGCCCUCUCAUCUUCUGAUCGAGGGUGCACCGCCUUCUGAUGGCCCACAACCAAAUCAAUUCAUGGAAGAUGGACCACCUCAACAGAGCGCGUUAGACAUCCUACCGUCCCAGGACGAGAAGCUGAACAAUAGGCCAUCGCAAAUGCUUCUGAACACAAUCAACAGCCAACAACCUCAGCUUCAAGGUGGCCAAUCUCAGCAGUUUCAGAACUCAGAUAACCGAUCUUCGCAGUUUAUGAACGGCAGAUCGUCCCAGAUGCAAAUGCCAGAUUCCAGUUUUUUGUCUUUCGAUGCGCUGGACAACCGACAAUCCCAACUCUUUCAAACCCGGCCAUCUCAGAUUGCAUCGCAGAUUGACGGCUCCCAAAUGGUAGACGCCAUGAACAGGUCGUCGCAGCUACAUGUCCAGGAAGAUGGGUCUCCUCAGUUGGACCUCAUGAUGGGACAACAAUCCCAGAUCUUAACAAGCAGACUGUCACAGCAACAUAUGCCAGGUGACAAUACCCAGCAGAUUUUUCCCCUGGAGAGUCGACCUUCGCAAUCUAGUUCACAAGAGAAGGAUGCCCUGCUUUUCAACAGCAUGAACAGUCGGCCAUCCCAACUACAGCAACGACAAAGCAACAAGCUGUCACAGCAGUUCGACAACUUAAACUCGAGGCCGUCGCAGAUGAAGUUACCCGGUGAUGGGUCACAACAGUUUGACCCAAUGAAUGGUCAAUUAUUCGACCUUCCCACAAGCAGGCCAUCGCAGCUGAGCCACAUUUCCACCAUAGACAAUAGAGCAUCGCAGAUCCUCAAUAGUAGGCCAUCCCAGCUUAUGACAAAUAGGCUAUCGCAGCAGCAAAUAAUCCAAGGCGACAGUUUCCAGCAAACUCUUCCAUCAGAUAGCCGUCCUUCACAAAUGCUCCUCGGCAGGCCCUCCCAGCUGGCGUCUAAGUCUCCAGAAGAAGACUUUGCACAACUUAGCAGUAUGAGCCGACAAGCGUCCCAGCUUAUGACAAAUAGGCUAUCGCAGCAGCAAAAUAUCCAAGGCGACAAUUUCCAACAAAUUCUUCCACCAGAUAGCCGUCCUUCACAAAUGCUCCCCGGCAGGCCAUCACAGACUGCCUUGCAAGGUACUGGUAUGGAGCAGGCGGCUGGUAGCAUGAAUAAUGAUUCAUCCCAGUUUGUAGACACCCGGUUAUCGCAGGUGGAGAUGCAACGAAUCGGGUCACGGAUAAUGGGCAGUUUGAUGAUGAGACCUUCGCAGCUAAAUAUCCAAGCGACGGGAACUCAACAUCCUGACAGCAUGAACCGGCAGCCCUCCCAGAUUCAGAGAAACAGUCUACCGCAACUCAGUCGACCUUCUCAGUUAGUGAAUACCAGGCCAUCACAGUCUGGCAUCCAAGAUGCCAAUCUUCAGCAGUUUGACGGUAUGAAUAGUGGGUCAUCGCAGGUCGAUAAGCGCAUGAGUGGUGGUUCGAGGAUUUUAGGCAGCAUGAGCAACAGGACAUCGCAACUCAAUAUGCAGGAGACCGAUAUACAAAAUUUACAACAAAUCGAUCCCAUGAAUUCGCGAUCAAGUCAAGUUCUGAACAACCCGCCAUCGCAAAUGGGUAUGCAGGGUGACGGAUCACAGCAAUUUAAUAACUUGAAUAUGCGACCAUCUCAACUUUUAAAUGCGAGGGCAUCGCAGACUAUUCUUCAAGACAACCUCUUCCAGCAAUUUGACCCUACGAAUUCCCGUCCAUCUCAGCUUCUGAAUUCAAGGCCUUCGCAGAUCAGUCACCAGGAUAAUGGUCUACAGCAGGUUGAUCCCUUGACUUCCCGAGCAUCUCAGCUUCUAAAUGCCAGACCAUCGCAAAAUGAGAUGCUGAGUGAUGGUUUGCAGCAAUUCGACAACUUAAAUCCCCGACCGUCCCGGCAACUUCAGACAAACAUGCGACCAUCUCAGCUUCAAAUCGCAAGGCCAUCGCAGCUUCAAGAUACCAGGCCAUCACAGAUUAAUGCGAGGCCUUCCCAGCUUGCUAAUACACGGCCGUCGCAAUUCAUUGUGCAAGAUGAUGGAAUGCAGCAGUUUGAUUCCAUCAACGGACGACCUUCUCAGUUUCUGAACACUAGACCAUCGCAAGUUGAUGUUCUACAUGAAGGUUUACAGCAAUCUGAUCCCAUGGGUCCCCGACGAUCUCAGCUUGCGAGCAGCAGGCCAUCGCAGAAUACUAUGCGACCGUCUCAGCUUGUGAAUUCGAGGCCAUCACAGUUCGAUCUGCAAGGUGACCCUUCACAGCAGUUUGAUUCCAUGAAUGACCCACAAUUCGAUCCGCAAGGUGACCCUUCACAGGAAUUUGAUCCCACAAACGAGCCACAAUCUGAACUCAUGAACCAGAGGGCAUCACAAUUCUCUAUGCAAGAUGGAGAGACAGAAGAGUUCGAUCCCAUGAAUCCCCGACCAUCUCAGAUAAUGAACCCGAGGCCAUCGCAAAUUGAUAUGCAAGAUGACGACUCACAGCAGUAUGAUAUUAUGGAGCCUCGACCAUCUUAUCUUCUAGGUAGCAGGCAGUCACAGAUGAUGAUGAGACAAUCCCAGCUUUUGGGUUCAGUACCAGCGCAGCUGCCUUUACAACCUGAUGGAGCAGAGCAGUUUGAACCUAUGGAAGCUCGACCGUCUCAGUUCAUGAACACAAGGCCAUCGCAGAUUGGUAUCCAAGAUGACGGCGGUUUUGAGAACUUUGAAGGCAUGAAUCCUCGACCAUCUCAAUAUGCGAACAUGAGGGGCUCACAAACGACUCCGAUGAAUCUUCCACGAGAAAGCAGAGCACAGCAGUUCGAUAGCAUGAAUGUUCGACCAUCACAACUCAUGCAGAGCCGCCUGUCCCAGCCCUUGAACAGGGGACCAUCACAAUUCGACAUUCAAAGCCGGCCAUCGCAAUUAUCAACCGGCAGGCCUUCGCAGGUACCCAGCCAGCAGCUAAACAACUUUCAACAGAUCUCUCAAUCCAUGACAGAAUGUGACAACUGCGCUGAUCCCAAUCAUGAAGCGGUGGAUUGCCCGAUCGAAGUUUGUUGCAAUUGUGAAGAGCCUGGACAUUAUGCACGACAGUGUGUAAAUCCUCCAAUGGCUGAUCAAGGAGAGCCAUAUACAGAAACGCUGCAACAGGAAGGCACGGUGGAGGAAAUGGAUGAAGGAUUUGGGGAAUCUGAAAACGCGGCACAGAUUGGUGAUUCACCACAGGUGCUUGAAACUUUGGGCACUGUUGAUGAUAGUGAAAACCUCCAAACACGAGAGCUAGAUAUACCAGACGAUGAGAACAUGGAGGCCGAUGGCUCGUCAGAGUACACACAUUCAACCGAAUAGAGUCAACUCACAAUGGUAUCAAGGUGCUGAAUCCAGACGUUCAUGGAUUCAGCCAAUGCAGGAGUCAAAUGAUGACACGCUACAGCAGCUUGGAUUUCUGGAAUCUCAGAAUCUCAGAAGGUCACUAGCAAGGACAGUGAGCGCUAUGCUCGAAGAGGUACAAGAACUAGAGACAAGAAGUCGGCAGAGCUCACUCGCUUACGCGCGAAACAGCAUCGCAGGGCAGUCACGAGUCGGUCCAACAGGUGGCCGGACAGCAAAUGAUAAGCCUCGCAGCGCAAAGCAUGAUAAGCGGAGGCAAUCACGUGGAUCUACGACGGUGAGAGGAAGUUCUCAGCUUGUGGGCAACUCGACCCACAAGAGUCGACCAAGCGCCAGGGCUAAUGAUUCAGGGCAGACCACCGAAAAUUUCCACAUUUCGAGACAUGCAUCUCGACAGGCAGAGGAGUAUAUAAGAAAAUCCCGGACUUCAGAAUGGCUUAGCAAUCUUCCCACAAAUUACGAGGGGACAGAUGUGAGUGGCAGCCAUCAUUCCCAAGAUCUAGAGCAGUAUUCACAGUUGUCAGAGUCGGGCUACCAUCAAGAAAUGCCUGAAGUUUCUCCAAGGGAAAAUAAUCACGGACCUGUUCCCCAAGACAUGGAGUAGUACAGUGAUGAUCCGACGCUGGACGUACCAACGUCUUUUGAUCAUGACACCGCAGCUUUACAGAACCCCACUCGGCUACAGUAUCCAAGCAAUCGGUAACUAUCUUCUUACGCGUACACUUCCCAGGGACCUCCAAUGAUUACACCGCAGCGACAGCAAGCGUCGAAUCAUUUGCAACCACCCUAAUGAAACUCGAGUUAUUAAAGGCUGGAAAGCUCAUGCUCAAGGUGCACUUCUGCAACUCUGCCAUUAACAGGAGUCGUGAAUUAGCUGAGAAUGUCGGACUUUCCAGAGUUUGUGGCUUUACUACAAGCAGCCCAAUGUGAGCUGUGCGACAUGUUCUAUCAUAUUGCUCCCAGUGAUCACACCUUAAGAUGUAAUCCGACUUUCGGAUUCUACUCAAAACCUCGAUGCUCGGCGACGGCUAUAAUUCCACACAGCACGCAUACACGAGAUUACUUCAUGAGAUGUGCAUCAGUAUUUAUGGCCAGGGCUCGUGCGUCGUCAAGGAUCGGAGAAUUAGCUACUUUCUGGAAAACCCCCGUCUGCAAAUCUGCGUAAUCCGAGAGUGAGAGACAGAAUCCGUUGAGUGCUGAAACGAAGCCGGUGACUGGGCUCGAUGGAAACACCGAUGCAUUAUCUUGUACAAUCGCGUGCUGCGUCCAAAAACAUGGAUACCUGAGUGCUACUUCGCGUGUGUUGAUGUCGUUCCUUCAGCUCGUCAUCACGACGCUCGCUUAGUACUGGGGAGUAAAUCUUAUGUGCACAUCAGCUCCUCUGAGGGGCCUUUUGGUACCUGGGCCGUACUCGGAAAGAAGCUGAGGUUUAUGGUGUGGUAUAUCCAGGAAUCUUUCCGAAUAUGACUGCAUUCACUACGACUGCAUCCAGCAGAUAGGAACUGGACAGUACUGGCAAUUUUGUUCAGUACAGGACAAGGACAUAGGUCACGUCGUGGACAUUGCCAAAGGGAAGCAUGAGCACACAUGGCUGUGCACUUUCACUCCACACCAGCUUUUAAGACCAGCAUUGAAUGACAUGCCAAAAUAGCUGUGGUGGAUAAGAUCGAGCCGAGGAUGGAUGCUGCCCAGAGACAUGUAUGAGUCUUGCUGUCCAACACACGCAUCCGUAAUCGUCAUCUUUGCUCAAGACGCAAACAACUAUCAGGGGUAAACGAAUUUUUGUCAGUAAAAUGUUCCCCGAACCUGUACGCAAAAUCAAGUGGGUAUUUAGUUGAACGACGCUGGUCAGAAGCAAAUCAAGCCGGAGAAAGUUGCAGUACUGGGAGAAAAUUCCCCUCACAUAUAGCCAGGAAAAGAAGUUAACUGCUCACCAGUUCCGGCGGAGCUCAAAGUCAUCUUCGACACGUGCUUCACGGUGAAUGGACACAAAAUCGGAUGAUUAUACAUCUGGCCUACGUUACAUGUGUGGAUUUUCCGUUGCUGAUAAGACUUCUCACAUGCUCUGGCUGCUCGACGAGAGAGGUGAGGUGAAAGAGGUGUUUGGCGAGUGCAACUGCUAUUAGCAGCAAUUACCAACGUUGGAAUUUCGAGGUGAAAAAUACUUCAUUUGGGCUUGACGUUACUGGAAAAGAUGUCAAGAAAUCUUCCAAGGACGGUUGAGGACACGCAUUGACUAUUUCGGUGACGACGAACUUUCUGAUGUGAAUUCACACCUUACCACUCUAACCUCUUCAGGUCAGUAGAAUACAACCAUUCGACUGGAGGACUCUUGCUAAUAGUGAGAAGUGUACGGAGUAUGAUCAUCAAAGGCUUGAACAUGUGUUGUCCGUCCACAGUACAUUACCCCAAUCAACUUUUCCACUUUCCAGUCGUUUCAAUUUCCGGACUUAGGAGAUGGUCAUAUCAUGAUGAUGCCCGAAGAAAGCUGUGUCCCUGGUACCGACCAGUAGAACUACGAGACAACAGAUCAUAUUGCUAAACAUGACAGAAGAGAGGCCCAAUAAGCAGUUACCAUGAACACAAAAUUCAUUGUAUACA